AUGGGUGACUACUCGAAAGCACUUGAAUUUUACGAAAAAUCACAUAAAAUCUUAGAAAAAUCUCUGCCUCCGAAUCAUCCCGAAUUGGCUGGUUCCUACAACAACAUUGGUCUAGUGUAUAACAACAUGGGCGACUACUCGAAAGCACUUGAAUUUUACAAAAAAGCACUUAAAAUAAGAGAAAAAGCUCUUCCUUCGAAUCAUCCCGAUUUGGCUGCUUCCUACAACAACGUUGGUUCAGUGUAUCACGACAUGGGUGACUAUUCGAAAGCCCUUGAAUAUUACGAAAAAGCACAUAAAAUCUACGAAAAAGCUCUGCCUCCGAAUCAUCCGGAUUUGGCUGCUUCCUACAACAGCAUUGGUGCAGUGUAUAACAACAUGGGUGACUACUCGAAAGCACUUGAAUUUUACGAAAAAGCACAUAAAAUAAAAGAAAAAUCUCUGCCUCCGAAUCAUCCCGAUUUGGCUCUUUCCUACAACAACAUUGGUUCAGCGUAUUACCACAUGGGUGACUACUCGAAAGCCCUUGAAUAUUCUAAAAAUAACUUGAAAAUCAAAAAACAAGUAUUGCCUGCGAAGCAUCCUGCUUUGGCUUUUCCAUACAACUGGUUUGGAAAGAUUUAUCGCAGCAUGAAAGAUUAUCCAAAAGCACUUGAGAAUUUCGAAAAGUGUCUCUCAAUAUGGAAAAAGGCUUUACCUGAAAAUCAUCCACAUAUAGCUAUUGCAUAUAGUAAUAUUGGUGAUGUUCAUCGAUUAAUGAGUGAUUAUGAAAAGGCACUUUCAUUUCAUGGAAAAGCAUUAAAUAUUCAAGAAAAUGUGCAAUGUAAUCCUUUGGAUUGUGCAUUAACAUAUAUAAAUUUAGGUGAAACAUAUCGAGAAAUAAAAGAUUAUUCAACAGCAUUGACAUAUUUUCAAAAAGGAUUAGAAAUACGUGGGAAGAAAUUACCAAAAGAUCAUCCUGAUUUAGCUAUUGUAUAUCACAAUUUAGCAAAAUUAUAUUUAUCUACUCGAAAAUAUAGUAUUGCAAUGAAAAAUGUUCAACAAGCGAUAGAAAUUGCACAAGAAAAAUUGCCUUCAACUCAUCCACGUCUUUUGAAAUAUAAAGAAACAUUUGAAAAAAUUCGAAAGAAAAUGUAA